AUAAAAGACCUCUGCUCCGCUCGUCCAUUAUCAGUCAACUUUGUUCGCUUCAGCAGCACAACACAGACCAACAAACAAAAAUCCCUCAAAAUGUUCAAAUUGGUGGUGUUGUCUGCUCUCUUCGCCGUAGCUUUCGCUCGUCCCGGUCAUCUCUAUGAGUCUCCAGUGGUCUAUGCCGCCCCGGCUACUACUACCAUCGUCCAGGAGCCAGUCCUCGCCAAGGUGGGUGCCGUCGUGAAGAGCGUGCCCUCGGCCGUGUCCCACCAGAGCCAGUCGGUGGUCCACAGCUCAGCUCAUAUCGUCGAGGAUGUCGUGGCCCCCGUGGUCAAGACGUACGCCGCUCCCGUGGUCACCAGCUACGUGGCUCCCGCUCCCAUUGUGAAGACCGUUGCCGCUGCCCCUCUGGUGCACAGCGCCUAUGCCGCCCCCGUGGUACACACUUCCUACGCCGCUGCCCCUGUCCUGAAGACCAUCGCCACCCCGGUCGUCUACAACGCCGGCUGGUAAUUGGUAGUAGGAUGGAGGACUGCUGGCUCAUACUAGCGAGAUGGACGGUUAGAAAAUAGCUAAUUCCUUUGUAAAUAAAACGAGUUUAGUUGCGAGUAAAAUGUGAAAAAAAAUUAAA